UCAUCACCGCCAUUUUCACCAACUGGUAAUUAUUCUGAUUGUUACACAAACGGCGCCCAAUCUCCAGUCUAGCCUCUGACAUCUAGCGUUGGGAGAUCGGCGCCACGUUGGCUGGGGGUCCCGCUGGGUGGCUUUCUGACGUCACGGAGUCUCGAGACCGUCUCGAGCGUGUCUCGGGCCUGCCGCCUCGUCGCAUAACCAACUCAUUUAUCUUAACCACCUUGGCGCCAUGUGCCGCCGCGCAGACGUCUGCACUUCGAUUUUCUUCUUCAAGCCUAUCAGAUAAAAUGCUAGAUAUAGAGUUGACAAGACUGUCUGACAAAACAAAAUUGCGACUGUUAAAAGCAGCAGUCGUGGUAUCCUAACAGUAUAUGUGUUUUACCGGAGAAAAGACAAAAUUCAACGUUUAAGAAGCUGAAGUUAAGGUUGUUUAUAGGCCUACUUCAUUUUAUGUUAUGUACAAAAUAGAUCUUUAAAGUAUGCUGAUCUAAAUAUUUAAUUUAUCCUGAGAAGUAGGAAAGAUGAUUUUUGCCCCCAACUACCAGUAGAUGAUUGACACGGGACCAUAUCGGAUUUAUAAGGUAACCUAAUCCGCUGUGAUAGCACCAUCAUUAUCAAGAGGAUAAUUUUAAACUGCGUUCCUUGAUUAAUGCAUCUUUGAAUAAUACCUGUUUAGAGGACUGGAAUUGAAUUAUAUUUGUUUUAAAGUGGACAUAGCUUUUGAGAUACCAUGUCUGAAAGUGACAGACAGCCACCCGUAACGAAAGAAAUAACACCAUCCACUACAAGUCUACAAGUUGAUGAGCAUAAUGAAGAAACUUCGAGAAGACCUACUCCAGAGAUCUGUGCAAAAGUGUCGUUCUCGUCUUCAGAUGAAAAUCGCAUUAAUAGAUCUAGUCCAAAAUAUGUUGAUGCCUUUAACUCUACACCAGUAACAUCGUCUUUUAAUAUAGUCAGUACAAACUCACGAAGUCCUGCCCAGUCUGUGAGUUCUAAGGAAACACUCGCAGAGACAUCACCAAUUUCAGAUGUUUCGCCGGUUUCUCCAGUCAGCUCAAGUCUUGAAAAAUAUUUUCCUAGUUUCAGCAGUACGGAAAUAUCUGAAGAAAUGUUGCCAAGUUCAUACACGCCCUGUGCGUCUCCUAUGUCUUACAAUGGACCACAAACUGGACUUUCUGUGGAUUUAAAACACAUCAGGACCCAAGAGAAAGAGACUAAGAUGGAUAGUUCUCAUGACACAGGAAAAACACGCAACAGCCCAUUAAAAUCACCCUCUGAAGUAAAACAACAGAAAGACGGUGAACAAUUCGAGGAAAACUGUAUGAAGUUUGCUGAAGUUCUAUACAAGUGCACGCUCUGUACAACUCUGCCAUCGAUUCUAACAUCUAAAAAGAGUUUCCUGGCACAUGUUAGCAAGCAACACUUAAACCAGGAAACGUCAGAAUUUAGCUGCAAGCAAUGUUCGUUAAACUUCAGUACAGAAGAGGACUUAAACUCUCACCAGACAGCUUAUCACUCACAGAUCGGCAAAGGGUCACUUUCACUUUCUGACUUGUCGGAAGACUCCGAUUCGAAUGACAUAAAUUCUGUACCAAUGCACUCACGAUCAUCGAAGGUUAUGUGGUGCGGUGAAAGGGAUAUAAAUAAGUUAAAACCGAAUAAAAUUAACACGUGUGAAAACCUGUUGAAACCGUUUCGAAAUUCUCCGGAAUCGACUUCAACGCAUGGUGUCAUUUCUAUGACACCAGAAUCACCAAAAGGUCAAAAACCUUUAGAAUUACGAAGAGGAAUAAUGCAUGGUGGAUAUCCUAGCAAAUACAUGCAAAACAAACACUUUACUUGUAACAGUUUUUACAGUAAGGAACAAAAUGUUCCAGAUGCCAACAAUUAUUCACUGAAAGGCAUGGUGGAAAUUGAGAAACUGAAGAAUCAUAUGUUUCAUUCGCAAAGUCAAAACUUGGGAACAAUGGCUACUAUCAGCUCGAAUUUGAAUAGUUUCACUCCAGAAUUUGGCCGAUACACAAAACUAGUGCGUGAAGGUGGAAAUAUUGUGUAUUUCUGUCAAGUCUGUAACUGGAAGUGUCCUGUUAAGUCGAUAUUCCAAACUCACUGCAGAGGAAUUCAGCACCAGAGCAAAGUCCAAUCAGCUGAUGACAGUUCAGGGAAUUCAUCCAACUCACCAAGUCCAGCUUCAGUUAACGACAAUGGAAGUAAGAAAAACGCACUGAAAAGAGAAUGUGAACGCAAGCCCAUAAACUUGUGCUUAAACGAAGGUUCUAACACACAGCUGUAUCACGAGACAAUCGCAGAACAUUCUGAGGUAGAUAAAAUAUCCUCUCCUAUCGGCAACAAAUCGCCACUGAGGUCACUGUUGGCUUCCACGCAUGGCAUAGUUGUGCCCAGAUCCGUAUCAGGUACGUGCGUGGACAGAAAUUCGCAUUCGAACAAACAAGUCACAGCUGGUAUUGCGGAUGGCCAUAAUCAGAGACGGUAUGGUAUUGUGAAGGAAACCCAGCCAGAUGUAUCAGAUGCAGUGGAGACACAGAGUCGGUUUGUUGCUGCAAAUUAUGAAUUUUCACGAGGGCAUUUUCCUUUCCAAAAUGUUCCACCUAGCCUACACUCUUCAGGUUUUAUGUCGGCAUUACAGCGAUCUGGAAGUAGCACUAGCACAUCAUCACCUAGCAGGAACAGGAGAAAACGGCCCGCACCAGUGGCUCUGCGCAACCAGUUUUCAGACUCUGAUACUGAUUCUGAUUCAGAUGUGCAAAAGAAAAGUAAGAAAGACAACACAAAUGCUGUAAUAGCCAAUAAUACAAAGAAUGAUUUAUCCAUGUUUCAGUCUUCUAAUAAGCAUGAUAUCAACAACCUAGACACAACUCCAAUGGCUGGCACUGUCACUGUGAAUAACAUUCCUUUUAUGAACACCAACGUACAGUCACCUGACACAGAACUCAUCAAUCACCAGCCCUCUUCCUACCAUGAUCGCAGACGAGCAUUUUCACGGCCAUCUACAAUACAGGAUGUACAACCUUCUGGCUUGUCUGGAACAUUGCAUCCUAUCUCUGAUGACCAUACAAACUUUUUAUCAGCAAGUACAUCUCACCAAAUAAAACAGGAACCUCUUGAGAGAGAGUCCAACACCAAAUACACUUGUUCGCGCUGUGGUUUUAGUACACUCUUUUUGGAUGCUUACAGAAUUCAUAUGACAAGGGAACAUAAUACUGAUUCGGGGAAUUCGAGUUAUGUCUGGAGACCUAGCGGAAUGCCUGACAAACUGGACUACUUGGUAGCUGAUAUUGACGACUCUCUUACAGACAGGUCGAAUGUCAACAGCGAAGGGUGGAAAAUUGUGAAGAUCAAGGGAGCACUUCCAGACCUCGUACAGGCGUCUCCAAGAGGUAAUGUAUCCCGUGACAUACUCCUGCAGAAAGUGAGCGUCGCCAUGGAUCUUCCAGACAUGGUACAAUGGGGUCCUGCUUGCAACAAGGCCGUCAGAGAAAUCUUCCCUGCAAGUUUAGCACAGCGAAAGGGCAAAUACAAAAAAACCUAUUUCUUUGGCCUGGAGUACGUUGAUCAGCUGACCCAAAUCCACGACGACAGCAGCGACACAGAGAACACCGGCUAUCAACCACUACGGGACAUUUCUCGUGACCUUGACCUCGUCAUUCGUUUCCUACCUGAAAUAAUACACUGGACAGGCGACACUGAAUCGGGGGUGUCUCGUGAUCAGCUGCUGGAGGUUUUGGCUGCUAAGAUAAAAGAUCCAGACAUUCACCACUGGGGAGUGCAGUGCAACAGGGCGGCUAGGAUGCUGUUUCCGGAUAUCCAGAUGAGGAGAAAAGGAAAAUACAAGUCUACAGUAUUCUAUGGUGUGGAAUUUUUAGACUGUCUUCAAAAAGAGGUAAUAAACCCUCUGAAACUAGGUCGACCUACUGAGCAGACGUCCACCAACAGUUCCAGUUCGGAACCUCUUAAUGAUGCCGACAUAAAACAAAAUACCAGUAGUUUUCAGCCUGCCAGUUAUUUUGAAGAAUCUAACCCAAGAUACCAACACCACUGGCACAGCAAUGGAACUGUACAGGAAACACGCAGUACCGAGUGUACUGGCAACAGUGAUGAGACUAAACCACAAACAAGUUGUUCACCUCAUUUGGAAUCAUCAAAGUCCUUGUCAAACGAAAAAACUGUGAACUGCGAAACAAGCAUUCAGGAAACUGAAACAGAUGAAGUGCAAUUACCACCCAGUAACAUUCCAGACUCCGAUAGCGUCGGCACUUUUGAACAGUGCUCACCAAAAAACCAAGUAUCAUCCAGUCUGACCAAUGAUGACGAGAGUCUAAGAGACAUUUGAACUAGUCUAACAUUAUCUCUACUGGUUAUCUCAUUAGCCUAGGAAAUAUUGCAGUUAAAACAUGGUCACAUAGUAUAAUUUUCUCCAGACUACUAUAUAUUAUGACCAGCUAUUUAGUUAGGUUCCUUCAAUAUGAAGAUAAUAUGACCAUAUUUUUAUAUGUGGUAUACAUUUAAAAAAAAAUUAUAGACUGACCACAAUGUUUACUAUUAAGCAAAUUCAGUUUUGUUUAAUUGGUCACAACCAACAGCCAAUGUGUAUUUUUGUGCUGGGGUGUCGUUAAAUGUUCAUUCUUUCAUUCAUUAAGUUUUCAAUAUUUUAUUGCCCUCCCUCUCAAUUACCUAAAAUUGUUUUGGAGUCUUAAACUAAUUAGUGCAGAAGGCAUGCUUCACAGUGAUGUGCCAAGAUUAUUGUUGUACUUUUAAAACUACAAGUUUACUACAAGUUUAUUUAGGGUGUAGUCCAUUCUAAUUGUAUAUGGCAGGCAUGUGUGCAGGAAUUUAUGUAGGGCGAAGAUCUAGACCAUGGCAAGCAAAGUAUUUAGGGGGGGUCGGGUCAUGAUCCCCCUGAAAAUGCAUUGAAAACAUUUGCUUGGAGUUGUAGGGGAUUCAAUCACCUUCUGCAUAGUAAAUAUCAGUCAGAUAUGUAGCAGAUUUAUGUUUUGUAAACAUUUAAGUGGUACCUUCUGUAGUGAAAUGUGUAGUGUGUAUUACUUACCAUGUAUCAAAUGAAAAACAUAUAUACUCAGUGAUCAGUCAAUUCUUUGCAACAAACUUUGCAAGAUUCAAAACAAAGACAAUCUUUCCACAUGACAGUUACAGUUUAUAAAUCAAUGGGAUGGGCUGUAGCUCAGUAGUAGAGUACUCAUCUCAAAUGAGUUGCCCUCAGUGCAUCCAUCAGGUUUACACUGGUAAAGGAUUUGCCCGAUAUGCCAUUGGUUUCGAAUCGAUCCCAGUCGGUGGACCCAUUUGGCUAUUUCUCGUUCCAGCCAGUGCACCACAACUGGUAUAUCAAAGGCCAUGGUAUGUGCAAUCCUGUCUGUGGGAUGGUGCAUAUAAAAGAUCCCU